CCGCCAUGCUUCCGCAUCCUACCCUCCUGCUCCGCGCCCCAGCUAUCUCGACCACACUGCCCUGGUCCUCUCUUGUUUCCUCUCGGCCCUCCUCAGCUUCACACAUCUGCAACUAUGGCACCCUCACAGUCACUAGCGAACAAGCUCAAGGUGCAGCUCAAGCUGUCGAUAUCGCGGCUACGCAUGGUGCAGCAGAAAGACACAGCGAAAGCGAAACAGCAAAGGCGUGAAAUGGCGCAGCUUCUCGAGAUUGGCAAGCUACAAUCCGCACGAAUACGCGUCGAAAAUAUCAUCCGUAGCGACAUAACCACUGAACUACACGAGAUCCUCGAACUAUACUGCGAACUUCUCCUCGCGCGCUCCCAGCUCCUCGACCAAACCACACCUUCACACUCCUCCACGCCCAUUCCGCUCGAUCCUGCGCUCGAAGAAGCGGUACGAAGCAUAAUAUACGCUGCGCCGCGCACAGAGAUCAAGGAAUUACACCAAGUGCGGGCAUACCUUGUCGAGAAGUUCGGCAAGGACGUAGCAGUCGCUGCUAUGGAGGGCGAUGGUGUAGCGGAGCGCGUGCUGAAGAAGUUGGAUGCAAAGACACCGAGCGAGGAACUGGUAGAUGGAUACUUGGGCGAGAUCGCACGAUUCUACGGUGUCCCGUUCGGUGCACGUAAAGCCUCGUCAGACGACGACGGCGACGACGAGCCAAGCGGAGGUGUGGCAGAAGGAGCAGACACAGAGGUUCCUUCGUCAACUGACGGGAGGAAGGAUAAUGAAAGGGAAGAAUUGGUCAAGGCGACACCACCGAGGACGGUAGGGCCGCAGAGUCCGUUGAGAGUUGUGCCGCCGAGCCCAAGUACGGACAAUGUUGCGCCGAAGCUCAAGCUGCCUGGUACGGCGGCGGCGAAGGUGCAGAAAGCAGCUGAGAAGAAGGCAUCUGUGAAGGUUAAUGGGCCAGGAGGGAAGAUACCAGAUGUGGACGAAUUAUCGAGGCGGUUCGCGGAGCUGAAGCGAUGAAACGUGAAAUUGAAUCUCCAUGGCGUUCUCCGUGCGUACGGAGGAAGAUGUUGCGCUGCGAACGUGGCGUUGAUAGAUGGUCACGGUUCAUGACUCCCGCUGUGAUGUCCUACUGCAAGCCUAGGUUUUGUGCAUGUGUACCCACGGCAAAAUUUUAAAGUUUUCAUCUCUUGGAUGCACGCCGUUUCGAAAUCAACUUAAACCGCG